CUUAGAAAAAUUAUUCUUCACAAAGAAAUGCGAGUAUUAUUAUUAUUACUAUUUAUUAUUUUGAAAUUAAAUUAACGUUUAAUAAAAAAAAAGAAAAGAAAAAGAAAAAAAUAUGCUUCAAAAAUCUGAUACAAAUUUGCUACAUCCAGCACUUGUUAAUUUAACUACACAAUUAUUUCAAGAUAUCAUUGAACAUAAAAUUAAUACACCAAAUUUUCAAUGUCUUGGAUUACAGUCAAUUGAUUAUGAACAGAAAGAGAAUCAAAUUGAAGUUGUCCUACAAUUUGACAUUAUCUCAUCAUCAUCACCAUUAAGCUCAGAUGAUUCUUUCAUGAAUGAUUCAUAUACAAAGUGUAAUUAUACAGAUAUAUUGAUUAGAUCUUCAAAUCAAUCCAAUCGAGAAGAAAGAAAAUCUCCAUUUGUGACAAUAGUCGUUUGUUGCUGCAUAUUGACGACAUUUUUUCUACUGGUUAUGUUUCUACGAUGUCGAAGUUUCAUUCGAAGGAAGCAAAUGGCUAAACGAAGAAAUCAUUCUAAAUAUUUAUAUUGUUCUGAUUAUCCAAAACCUCGACCGAUCAAUCAUAGUUAUAUUAAAACAGAUAAAGCUUAUUAUUGGUCACCAGUGAAACCAAGUCAUAAAAAUUCAUCUUCAUUAUGGUCUGAAGGUUUAUUAAAAAAUAAUAAUCAUAAUAAUUAUAAUAAUUGUACAUCUUCAUCGUCAUCAUUAAAUCAGUCGAAUCAUCACAUGAAGAAAUGCCAGCAACAUCCUUUUCAUUCUAAUGGUAAUUAUGCCAGGAAUUCAUAUUUCACCCAACGUCAGUGUAAUUCGUCUAAUGAUAUUAUUCAUAAUUAUCGUAACAAUAUUAAUAUUAACAAUAAUAAUAAUUCUUAUAAGCAGAAUUGUCAACAUCAUAAAGGCAUAAGAGAAUCGGAAAAUUAUUUAGCUGCUGGAUAUGCAGAAUAUUAUAAACGAAUGAACAAUACCUCUAAACUCAAUAUGAAUAAACCAAACUCCGUGAUUGGAAUGUAUCAAAAUACUCAGAGAAUACAAAAAUCAACCCAAAAUCAAUCACAUCCUUCACCUAUAAGAAAUCAAUCAGUGUUUUUUAAUUCAAGAAAAUUACCACGUGAAAAUGAAAUCACAGACUCUGAAACUCCAACCACUGAAUUUACUGGUAGCUCAAAAUCACACCAAAGUACAUCACAAAUUCAUGUUUAUCGUAAAGGCAGAAGCCUGAGUCCAGCUGAAAUUACUAAUUCAAGUGAAUCAAAAUUUUUAUUCAAUCGAAAGCCAAGAUUUUCAUUGGAUGAAUCAGAUGAAAUGAGUGAUAAACCAAUACAAAUGAAUCGACCAUCAGAAUUUCAUGAUGUCAUAAUCGAUUGCAGUUCACUAGAAAGUGCUGUCAGUUAUCCAGUGCAAAAUACCUUCUCUCAUACAAAUCCAAGCCAACAUCCACAAAGUCCUCUAGAAACGCGUACAUAUCAAAGCCUUAUGUCGGUUUACUUAAAUGAUGUUGCCCAACAAACUAGAAACACUGUUCAUACAAUUAAUAAUUCUAUUACUCCAAAUGCUAGUGAUAACAGCAUUGUUAGUCGUAAUCAUGGUAAUGUUAAUAAUAGUAUUAGUAAUGAUAAUAAUAAUAACAAUGAUAAUGUUAGUAAUCACAGUAUAUGCUUAGAUGUGAAUAGUAAUACCAGUUAUCAAAAGGAUACUCUACCUUAUAAACUAAAUAUUCCUAAAAUUGCCACUGGUGUAUUCAAUGAUGAAUUACACAGAAUGGAGAAAGUGAACUCCUUUGAAAGUAAUCAGUCAUCAUUUUCAUUAAAUAACGAUGAUUCUAUUGAACAGAACAAUAAUACAUCAGCAGCAGCAACAGCGGUGUUACAAGGUGUACAAUUACCAGUUGUAAAUGAAAAACCAAAACGUCCUGUAUUAUGCUUGUUCAGUGCAAAUAAAUCGCAUCGUCAUUAUCAUUCAAAUCGUGAUCAUCAAAAAUGUCAUCUAAGACGUGAUAAUUCAAUCAGAAAUGAUAACAUGGAACAUCAGGAUGAUGAUAAUGAGGACGGGGAGGAGGGGGAGGGGGAUGACAUUAAUCAAAUUGAUAAUGAUAUGAAGCAGUCGUUAACAUCAAUCAAUACUUCCAUGUCUAAAUUACCAAGUAUUAAUUAUACAAAAAGAACAUCAGGCAGCAGUAGUGAUAUUAAUAUUGAUACUGUUAUGAAUAAUUCUACUAUUAAUAGUAGUAAUAAUUUAUUAUGCAAGAUGAAUGAGUGUAAAAGUUGUAUGAAUUUACAAGCUUAUGAAUUAACACAAGAUCGUUAUCGUAAUCCAAGUAGUGGAUCAACAAUUAGUCAAGCACCAAGAUCGGAUUUACCAGAUGUUUACUUAAAUCCACCUUCAAUGUCGACGUUACAAUCUCAAAGAAGUAGUCUGUGUGAAAGAAACAGAAUGGAAUUUUUGUAUGUUGACAAUGAAUUAGAAAGGGAUAAUUAUUCCCGGCACAAACUAGGAACAGAUAAAUUAAUCAGUGCAUCACAUUCAGAAGUCGAUCUUACAAGUAUGAAACAAAAUAAUAUUCAUUUUUCUUCAGAACAGACAAAUGGUGGAGGAGACAAUUGGAGUCUUGUUGAUGAAUUGGUAAUUCUUCCACAACCACAAAAAUUCGGAUUAUUACAUAAUCAAACAUUUCAUUUAAGAAAUACAUAUCAUCAACCCUUACCUCAAUCACCAUUGAAUUUAGCACCACCAAGCUUUAAAUUCUUUCAAUUACCUGAUGACAAUUUUGGUAAUUUACCAGUGAAAGAUAAAGAACACCAUAUCAGUAUACAACAACACUUAAGACGAGCGUUGAGUUUAACAUACAGGCGAAAAUCUCCUCGAUCUGUCAAUGCUGAAAUUCAAUCCAUUAUGGAUAAACAUUAUGAAAUGACUGGGAUAAGAAUGACUAUUGGUUCUGGUACAACACAGAAGAAUACAACAACUACUAAAUCGUAUAUGAAUUUAUUUGGAUCACAGUUUAACACUAGAAUUCAGUCUUCAAGACCAAGAAAACGUCGAUGCAGUUGGACAUUUACUAAAGACAUUACCAAUGAAUUUCAAUCUGGUUUAAAAAAUGUCUCUAGUGCUUUACACUUAGACUGUACAAGUUUUGAUUUAUUACAUAAAAUUAAACAAUUCAGAGAGAAACCAUCUGUACUUGAAUCAUUGUCAAUGACAGCCUUACCAUGUCUAGUCCCGCUGAGACCACGUAUCCGAUCAGAUGCUACAAAUGAUAUGACCGCAAUCGAUGAAGAAUUCAUUGAAAGACGAUAUCAUCAAAAAAUUCAUUCAGAUUUUAUUCAUCCGACAAAACUGUCUGAAUUAAAACGUAACAGUAUGGUAGCUAUUGAUAAAAGUUUAUCUAUCCUGGGAAUUCAAACGCAUAUUAGACAAGUGAAAAGUAAUUUAAACUUACCAAAUGUAUAAUUUGUUUGUCUAAAAAAUUAUUAACGACAGUUUAUUCUCAUUUUAAUUACUACUUAUAUUACAAUGCAUAAUAUUGUAAAUGGGCCUAAAGUAUCCUUUAUCAUAAUCAACAUCUAUAUAUAUAUAUAUAAGAAUCAAUUACAACAGCAAAACUUGUACAUGAAUAAAGUCACAAUUUCUUUCUAAUCAUUAUCUCA